CUUAACUUUAAUAUAAAUUAAGUGCUGAAAGAAUAAAAUAACAAUGAAGUUACUUAAGUUUCAUUUGAGGUAUCAUCCCCCUGGAAUCGUUUUGGAGUAUUUACAAAAAGGCGUCGUGAAAAACAAGGACAUUGACCUCUUGGAUUUGAAUUGCAAUUCCGACAUAAAGGAGAUAGCGAAUCGCCUCUACCAGAAGGAACUGCUCAUCACGGAGGAGGUACGCGAGCAGUUGGAGCAGUGCCUGGAGACGUUGAAGAAGAGGACCGAGCACGAGGGUCCGACGGGCAAGCGGUUCUACAUAUACAAGACCUUGCAGACUCAUGUUCUGCCUUUGACCAACGUGUGCUUCAAUAAGAUUGGGAACAAAUGUCUUUCUGGCAGCUACGAUAGGACGUGUAAAAUAUGGGACGUCGAAUCGGGCAAAGAGCUGAAAACUCUCGCAGGACAUCAAAAUGUGGUGUACUCUGUGGGCUUUAAUUUUCCAGCUUGCACCAGAAUUAUAACGGGUUCAUUUGACAAAACGGCCAAGAUCUGGGAUCCAGACACGGGCUCGUGCCUGGCUACUCUCUACGGCCAUACGGGGGAGGUGGUAGCAGCACAAUUCAAUAGCAAGGGUGACUUCGCGGCGACUGGCUCCAUGGACCAUCUCGCUAAACUGUUCGACGCUGAGACUGGCACUGAGAUACAAACGUACGCGGGACAUACGGCUGAAGUUAUCGCCUUGCAAUUUGAUCCAAACGAGGGUCAGAGACUCAUCACAGGAUCUUUUGAUGGAACCAUUUCGAUGUGGGAUACCAGGGUUAAUAACCGCGUAUCGGUACUUCGUGGCCAUGAAGGUGAGAUCUCCAACGUGCAGUUCAACUGGGACAGCUCCUUGGUGGGCUCAGCGUCGCUGGACGGCAGCGCCAAGCUAUGGGACGCUCGCAGCACCGCCUGCCUGGCUACCGUCGCGUCUCACACUGAUGAGGUGCUGGACAUCUGCUUCGACUGGGCCGGCCAGCGCGUGGCGACGUCGUCCAGCGAUAAUUCCGCGCGCGUGUACGACGUUCGCGCUGACUUCAGGGAGCUGGCUGUCAUGAAGGGGCAUAGAGAGGAGGUGUCCAAGGUGUGCUUCAGCCCGGCGGGCGGCUGCCUGCUCACGGCUUCGGCGGACCGCAGCGCGCGGGUGUGGAACACCACCACCGGCAACUGCGUACAGGUGCUGUCGGGCCACCAGGGCGAGAUCUUCUCGUGCGCGUACUCGUACGCCGGUGACGCUAUCGUCACAGCGUCCAAAGACAACACCUGCAGGAUCUGGAGGUGACUUGACUGGUGGCUCAGCUGAACAUGACCACUGCGUACAGACAGACAGUUAUAUUACAUAAAAACGGAAUGUUACAAAAGUCAAAUGUCAUAGAAUAUGUCAGAGCCUGUACACACGACGCCUUCAAACGCAAUGACGACGCGCGUUUUUGGCUAGAUGAAUCAAUGAAAAGAUACGUUUUUAGCUAACGCCACCGAGAAAUAUUAUAACAAAGAUAUUUAAAUAAAUAACUUUCAUAUAUAAAAAGUUGCGUAGAAAUGGUAAAAGUUCGAUUUGACCCCUCAUCGGUAGCAGGGUGCUACCGAUGAGGAUAGAUCGAACUAAUUAUUUCCAGCAUACGUAAUAAUUGAAACUUAUUAUUCCGGGGGACUGCCCCCUGAGCGGGGAGAAAGAUAGGACUAAUCCGUAAAAACUAUCCUUGUUUCUCUCUUACCGAAGGCACUUUAUUUAUUUAUUGCUACUCGGUAGGUGCAACAAAGACUACAAAAUAAAAUUGUCAUUAACUUGAGCAAUAUUAAGCGCGAGUAUCUUACGAGAAGUAAAACGCGCGUCGUGUCACAGAAAAAAAAGGUCGUCGUGUGCACGGGCUCUUUUCAAUUACGAACUUAUAGUAUUUUACACAAUAUAAUAAUAACAAUAAUUUAAGAUUUUUUAUCAACGAUUAUACCUAA